GAUCAAUAAUUUAAUUCAUAGGAAUACGAAAUUUGAAACCUAAAACUGAAACUCAAAAUUUUAAUUUAGCUUGUAAUCUCCCCUCCCCUCCCCUCCGAUUUUCUUGAUAAAGAAUUGUCAAAUAUAAGGACCUUACAACCUGACCAAUUGGUUGGUUUUGAGAGAAAUUGAGAGGAAGGAAAGAUGGUGUGGGGAUCAUGGAGGAAAUAUUACAAGGAUGUAGUGACAUUCACAGCAAUGGUGACAAUGGAAUGUGUAAUAGUGGGGAUAAACACACUGUUUAAAGCAGCUACGUUGAAGGGCAUUAGCUUCCAUGUUUUUUUGGUCUACGAUUACGCCGUUGCUGCUCUUCUUCUUCUUCCUACUCCUUUCUUCUCUUACAGAUCAAGAGUGCUACCUCCACUCAGCUUGCGUAUACUAUGCAAAAUUGGACUUCUCGGGUUUAUAGGGAUUUCAUGUCAGAUAAUGGGGUACACAGGCAUCAUUUAUGGUUCUCCUACUCUUUCUUCUGCAAUCAGCAACCUCACACCAGCUUUUACCUUCAUCCUAGCUAUCCUCUUCAGAAUGGAGAAGCUGGUACUGAAACGAAGAAGCAGUCAGGCCAAAGUAAUGGGCACCAUAAUAUCAAUUACAGGUGCAUUUGUAGUGACUCUAUAUAAGGGUCCGGCCAUUGUCAAAGCUUCAAUGUCUCUUCAUCAACCUCUCAACUCUUCAAGCACAAAUUGGGUCAUUGGUGGUGUUUUCCUCACUGUUCAGAAUAUUCUGAUUCCAUUCUGGUACAUUUUUCUUACACAAAUCAUGGAAGAGUAUCCAGCAGAACUAACGGUAGUGUUCUUUUACAAUUUAUGUGUGUGUUUCAUAGCUCUCGUUGUUGGUUUAGUUGUUGAAAGAAAUGCAAGUGCUUGGAGAAUAAGGCCAGACAUUGCAUUAGCCUCGGUUAUUUGCUCGGGAGUCUUCAGUUCUUGUUUGAACAAUACAGUUCAUUCAUGGGCUCUGCGGUUGAAGGGACCAGUUUUCGUGGCAAUGUUUAAGCCAUUUUCCAUCGUCAUAGCUUUUACCAUGGGUAUCGUCUUCCUGGCUGAAACACCUCAUAUUGGGAGUCUUAUCGGAGCAACAACAAUAUCGAUUGGAUUUUAUACGCUGAUGUGGGGAAAGGUGAAAGAAGCAACGGCUGAGGACAAUGGCAGUGGCUCCACCAUAGAUUCAUCAUCUUCCCACAAGGACCCCCUGCUUCAAAGCUAUAAAAAUGGUCAAGUGUAGGAACAAAUGGAUUGGAAAUGGAUAAUUUUCUCAGUUCUGAAGGUCUGUCUUCUUCAGACAACCCUGUUUGAGCUCAUAUCUAAAUAAGGAUUUCCUAUCUGAUAUGCAAAUAUUGAAGCUCCAGUUGAAGAGAAAACAGGUUAUACGACACUAGAUUGGACCAACCAGGCAAUGUGACGAAGCGAUCAAUAUCACGUGGACGGAGCAAGUUAAAAAUGUUAACAAUUGGAAUUUAAAGUUUAGACAAGUGCAUAUUAAGAAAAAUAAAAUUGGGUACAUGAAUAGUUUGGUAUAAUUCGAAUAUCGUAUAUGUAAUACCGCUACUUGAUUACUCAUGGUUCUAGAAUUAGUUAAGAAAGGUGAAAAAUAAGAUGAGCAAGAAAAUGGUACAAAAUGCUUUCCUGAA